AUGGCAACUACUUUGAAGACAGCCGGUAGAGUAGCCAAGAAUGUGGAGACCCAACUUAAGGAAAAGGGUAUGGAGAAAGAUAAUGCAGUAGAAAAGAGGAAGCUUGAGGGAUCCUCAAGAUCUGAUAAGAAAGGAAGAUUCACGAAGUCCAACCUGGACGACCAAAAGUAUGGGGGUAGUGGUGGAGCCAAGUGGAGUGAGAAGUGUAAAAAGAAACAUUAUGGGAGAUGCGAUAGAGAAGUGACUUGUUAUAAAUGUGGGAGGAUCGGUCACUAUUGCAAGGAUUGUAUGUUUAAUGAUAAGGUAUGCUACAGAUGUGGAGAUAAGGCGCAUAUGUCAAAAGAUUUCCUAAAGAAAAAUGAAGCAACAAGACCGAAUGCGCCACCGAAGCCAAAGGCAAGAGCAUUUCAGAUGAUCCUUGAUGAAGCAGGUGACAAAGCAAAGGAUUAG